GAGCAGCGCCUCGCCACGUGGGCGGCAGGAUCCGCGCCGGGGUCCCUCCGCCCCAGGCUGCCGCUCUCGGUGGGUUCCCCCCUUGGAGCGUGGCAGGUGCACGGACGCCUGCUCCCUCCGGUCCCCGCCUCCUCCGGCGCCCACGCCCCCGGGUCCCCGCCCCGCAGGACCCAGCCGGGAGCCGGCCACCCCACAGCGGCCUGGAAGCGCGGCCCGGAGGGAGGAGCCAGGGAGGGGCGGGUGGAGUCAGGAGCGACGGGAGCGACUGCGGCGGAGGCCGGGGCUGGCUCCCCGAGCUACCAUGGCGUUCGGGAAGAGUCAUCGGGACCCGUACGCGACCUCCGUGGGCCAGCUCAUAGAAAAGGCUACAUUUGCUGGGGUUCAGACUGAAGAUUGGGGCCAGUUCAUGCACAUCUGUGACAUAAUUAACACUACCCAAGAUGGGCCAAAAGAUGCAGUAAAAGCUUUGAAGAAAAGGAUUUCCAAAAACUACAAUCAUAAAGAAAUCCAGCUUACCUUGUCACUUAUCGACAUGUGUGUGCAGAAUUGUGGUCCGCGUUUCCACUCUCUGAUUGUGAAGAAGGAAUUUGUUAAAGAUAGUCUAGCUAAGCUGCUGAAUCCCAGAUACACCUUGCCAGUAGACAUUCAGAAUAGAAUUUUGAGUUUCAUUAAGACUUGGUCACAGGGUUUCCCAGGAGGAGUGGAUGUGAGUGAAGUAAAAGAAGUGUACCUGGACCUCCUCAAGAAAGGUGUUCAGUUUCCUCUAUCACAGGCAGAGGCUGAAACAGCCAGACAAGAGAUUGCUCAGAUCUCACCAAAUCCACCACCAUCUGUUCCUACUGCGCCUGCUCUUUCUUGUGUAGUUCCCAAGAACGCCACCAUUACAUUGGUCCCAGAACAGAUUGGAAAAUUGCAUAGUGAAUUGGAUAUGGUGAAAAUGAAUGUGAAAGUGAUGUCUGCCAUAUUAAUGGAGAACAUUCCUGGUUCUGAAAACCGUGAAGACAUAGAGCUUCUGCAGAAACUUUAUAAGACAGGUCGGGAGAUGCAGGAGAGGAUCAUGGACCUGCUCGUGGUGGUGGAGAAUGAAGAUGUCACUGUUGAAUUAAUUCAAGUGAAUGAGGAUUUGAAUAACGCCAUCCUUGGGUGUGAGAGGUUUACUCGAAACCAACAAAGGAUUCUGGAGCAAAAUAAGAGCCAGAGGGAAGAUGCCAAUACCAGUGAACCUUCUGCCCCAUCCUCCGAUCUUCUCGACCUAAGCCCCAGCCCUCUGAUGCAUAGGGCCACUCUGGGAGAAUUCAACACCCUGAACGCUCAGCUUUCAGACUUAAAUUUCAGCUCUCCAAGCCCUGUUGUAACAAACAACUUGAAACCAAGUCUUCAUCCACAGGUAGAUUUGCUAGCCUCGGAAAAUACAGAAACACCCUUGUUUGCCCAGAGGACCAGCCAUAAUUUCGCCUCAAGUCAUGCAUAUGAGAAUUUUCCAGAAUAUUCAGAUUCAUUAUUACCACAGCCAGUUAGUCUACAGAGCAUUCCAGCAACAUCAUCAAACCAGAGACUGCCGACCUUGCCCAGCAAUCAUCCAUCAAUGACAAAGAAUGAUCUUCAGCCACCCAAUUACUACGAAGUAAUGGAGUUUGAUCCCUUAGCGCCUGCUGUCACUACAGAAGCUAUUUAUGAAGACAUUGAUGCUCAUCACCAUAAAGAAGCUCAAAGUCACAGUAACUGUUGAGAUGCAAGUGGAUGACCAGCUCACUAGCUGCAUUUCUGGUGCCAAUUCUCUAAAACGGAGACCCUGUCCAGCUUUGAGACCCGAAGUUAAGACCUUCCAACACAUCAAAACCAUGGUGGAAAUUUCUCCUCCACAGUAACAAAGUUUAAACAGAAGAGUAACAGUUCCAGAGUUAACAGUUAUGACCCCACAGGAGCUCAGGCUUUAUCUCAAAAGAACUUGGUUGUAACAUAAAUUCACUUAAGAAUUAAGAAGAAAAAUUCAUGGCACUGAAGCCAACCAGGUUAAUUAGGUGUAGCAGCUUAUGUUUCACAGGCCUUCCUACAUUUAGAGGUCAUCACAAGAGCUGGGAUAAGAGAAGAUGAGGAUGAUUUUUAUUACAAAAUAAUUGUUUAUAAAUGAAAGCAUGAAAUGUGAAAAAUUAAAUACAUUAUUCAGGAAGAAUAAUGAGUGCCUUCAUUUAGCUAAAGUUGAAUGUAAAAGUCAAUUUGCACUUCUUUAUAAAUAAUACUCUUGUUUAGAAUUAUGAAUUAUAAAAGCCUUGAUGAUUUUAGCUUAAUUAUAUUUCAGGUACCCUGAAGAGGUCAAUGGAUUCUACAUUGCAUUGCCUUUAAGCAUAAUUCUUUAUAAUACUAAAUGUUCUUUUUUCUUCUUUUUGGAAGAAAGACUACUGGAAAACAUGCAGAAUAAAUUAUGCAUUCAUUUAUAUCAUAAUUACAAACCAAAAUAAAUUACUAUUAAAACAGUUUAAUACAUCUUUUUUCAGAGAACUUUUGAUGUCAGUAAACUUUCACAAUCCUAUACUUAUAUUUUAGCAUUUGGGAACUUGGAACUUCACAAGAAAUGCUAAAAGCCUAGUAUAUAAAUUAAUCAUUUUAUUUAAAUGUCAUGGUACCAAAAUUUCAAAGUAAUUAUUUAGUACUCUAAAUAUAAAAUAACUGUAGAUCUUAAAGGAUAUAGUCAAAUUUGAAAUCAGAAUGCAAUCUUUGAGCAAGCUAUUAGGGCUUAGAGAGUCUUCUUCCAUUUCGAGCUUUUAAAAUAGUGACUGUAUUUAAGAAACAAAGCAGUGUCUUUUAAUACUACUUAAAUUCCAGGUAUGGUUUCAAAUAGUCGUACAUUCUAAUGUAGGGUAAAUAAGUUGGGAGAAAAAGAACCAUUGGUACAUAAUAUUUAAAAUAGGAGGCUUCACGUUAUUGUAAAUAUUUCUCUUCUGAGAAGACAAGAUACAUGAUUUUUCAAAAAUCACAAAUCUGAAGCAGGACUUAGUUGCUGACUUCAAUUAUAGCCUGGGACCGGCAACUUCUGCCCCUCUUUGGCUUCAAAAAAAGUAUAAGAAAGAGUGAUGAGAUCAACAUUCACCAUUCUUGGAUCUUCAGCAAAUUCAGGAUCAAUGUAGAAAAACACUGGCAUAUCUACUUCCUCUUGUGGAUUAAGCCUUUGCUCUUCAAAACAGAAGCACUAGAAGUUAUAGAAAGGUAUUCAUUUAUUAAUAUUUCUAUUUUAUUAUAUAUAACAAAAACUAAUGCUUCAUUUAUUGGCUUUAAUAAGGAUACUGUUAAUUAUAAUCUAUAAAUUCUGUGAUAGAAUCUUUCACCUCAGAUUGAGUUUUGCUUUAAGGAUUGAGAACGAGCAAAUUCUUCUCAUUUUAAAAGCAGAUAUUCGCACGGUUUGGCUCUCAAGCUCUGCACAGCUAUUAUAAGCAAUGGAAAAACAAUUUGAAGUUUAGAAGAAAGGAACUUUCAAAAAUUAGUACCUAUUAAAAAAAUACUGCAGUAAAUUUAGUAGGAAACAACUUUAUAUACUUUUAUCACAUUCUCAUGUCUGCAUUUUUUUUUGCAUUUUAAAAUAUGUUUUACCUGUAUUUUAUUGAAAUACUGUCCAGCUUCAAAUGGUACAACAUUGUAUGUAGAAAUUCCAAUUACUGGUUUGUCAGUAGGAUUCUUAGCUUUAUAAAACGCCAGUGCAGUCUCUCCUGGCACCACCUGUUUUAAGGAAAAUAUAUCUUUUCAGCAUUUUAAAUUUCACUCUCCUUCUUUCCUUAUUUUCAUUUCAGACCAUAAUGCCUAAUCUAAUGUCAAGGGUCAGCAAAAUAAACUGAAUACUACCCACGAA